GCAGCGAGUGCAGCCAGCAGCCAGCUCCACAGCCUGACUCUGAGCCUUGGGAUUGUACCUGGGAUCCACAGCAGAGAGCUAAAAGAAAAAUGAUGAAAAUGUUACCCUUUCUCCAAAGUGGUCCUAUCGGAAUACGCAAAGAAUCAAAGGAUUGCAUUGAGGAAAACAGGCAGCUUGGAAACCCUUCAACAUCAGUAGCUGGGCAAGUCCCAGUUUGUCCUGAGCCUUCUGGAGAAGACUGGCCAAAGGAUCAGGUGAAAACAAGUGAAAAGCAGGAGGCAGCCUGCAGACACUCACGUAAGUCUUCCAUCACGAGCAAUGGGAGCUGCACCUCUGCUGGGGAGAGUCCGGAAAAGGGGAAGAAAGGACUGAUAGGAAUCCUUAAGAGUGCACUUAAGAAGAAGAAGGACUCCAAGCCACUCAGUGUCAAACAAAUCAUGGAUCUCAUUGAAGAGAACAAGUUUUCUGAUGCUGCUCAGCACCUGAUUGCCCUGGAGAAGAGCCUAUCUAUCAAAAGUGAGGAGGAAUUGAAAACCAGCCAGCAGGACAUUGAGUCCAUCUAUGAAAUUCUGAAGCGCAAAGUCUUUGACAUCUUGAAAGAUUCUGUACUUCUAGCAGCAGCAAAACCAGAUUUGCUGCAGCAAGCAGUAGAUGCACUAAAAGAGCAGGAGAAAGAAGAUCAGAAUUACUUGUCAGAGAAUCCACCUGACCAAAACAUGCAAUCUAGACCUAGAAAAUGGAAAGAGCUUUGGAUGGCUACAGUAAAGGAGUCUGUAGAGACUCGAAUGAAAGACACCCAUCGUACUCCUACAACUGAGAGCCUCUCUACAGCUGGCCAAAACCUCCUACACAUGGGGAGGACAAUGAAAGAAGAUUUGACAGUAGUGGUGCAGCGCAUUAAACAGCUGUAUCCUCCCCAUUUUAAUGUGUGCAGCACAUAUGCAGAACUCUACCACAAUUAUUUUGCCUUCCAGCUGAAGAAAACUGCUGAAUCUCAGCUGGAAGACAAGGAUAUUUACCUUCUCCUCUCAUGGGUGCACAACAUUUAUCCAAAUGACAUAAGAAAAGAUCGCAUUUUAGCAGAGGAGUUGGAAAAAGUUAAGCUUGGAAGCCUUUUGCCAUCAAGUCUGAUCAAAGAGCUUGAAAAGAAAUACCUUGACAGUGAAGAGGCUACUGUCAAAAAUUGUCUGAGUCGAUGUUUAGAAACGGAAAUCCAAAGAUGGAAAAAAGAUCAAGAACCUGAGAAACUAGAUGGACAUUUUCACAGCGAAUUAGCUAUACUUGCUAUCCAGAAUAUCUACGGAGGCCAGAAGCGAGCUGAUGCCCUCAGUGCUGCGUUGGGCGAAGAGAUAUCACCUUGCCUGUCGAGGGAGUUAUCCGCCUUUCUGAAAAGCUACAAGGAUGCGUUUGAGGACUUUAAAGAGAAGAACAAGAAGCAGAGGUUCUACAAGCCUAUACUGAUUGCAAAUAUUAACAACUGCCAAAAUUUCAGAGACUACACAGAGAGAAACAUAGCUGAAAAGGAUGACGAUAAAGCCAGUAUUCUCAGCACGCUCAGUGACAUUGAAAACAGUGGCUUCGAUGUACUGCUUCAACAACUGUUUGCACAGCUGAAGCCAAUUUAUAAGAAGUUUACAGAAAAUAAGUGGGAUUCCAGUGAUGAAAUUAUGAAUGAAAUCAUUAAAACAACCGGAAAACAUAUUUCAGACUUCCAGACUCUAAACGACUCUUUUUACAAGACUAUCAUAGAAAAGAUCCAUGUCCAUUUGGUUAAAGAGUACAUUGUGAGGCUGCUGAAGAGGAGAGUCAGCCUGAAAAGUCCAGUGCAACAGCAAAAUCUGGCACAAAACAUCUCCAAGAAUGCUGCUGCCCUGGAAGCCUUCUGCACCAACCAAGGAUCUCAAGCCAUGUGGUUGAAUUCUGCACUCCCAAAACUUGCUGAAAUAAUCCGACUUCAGGAUUCAGGUGCUAUUAAAAUUGAAGUUGCAACACUUGCCACAGUGUACCCAGACAUUCGCAAAAGGCACCUUGAAGCUUUCCUGUAUAUCAAGGCGAAUUUGGCACGCAGUGAACUGAAAAGCAUCCUGAGCUACUUGGCAGACAGCGUGGCGUCCACGCCUUCAGGCGCACCCUUGUUCUCAAAUAUAAACGUGUCCUAGGCCAAAGCCAGCCCUUGGCAUCCUUACUGUACAGGACUAUAGCUAAGCUAAUGAAAGGCCCCACAGGGGCAGGGAUGGAGACAGUCCCUUAGAGCAAUGCUGUGCAUAGCAUACACUGUCACAUUUUCCUACGGAAAAUACUUUGUUAUGCUUUGGUGUUCAGCAUCCCUACGGAAAGCGUCGUCCUCUGCGCACAACUGCAAGAAGGCAGGAUCCAACCACGGGAACAUAACCCAGUGCCUCACAGCCAAGGAUUGCUCCUCGCACCAGCUGCGGACUCCCUCCAGGGUCUCGGAAACGUUCCUUGGUGCUGCCACUUUCUCUAUCUGGAAACUAGCUUGGUACCCUACCAUCCGACUACCUCACCGGGGCUUUGCGAAAGCCACUUUGCCCACUCCCCAGUUAGCCCAGACCUAGCAGGCACCUCAUACAUAGCUUGGUUUCUCUUAAGGAGAGGGCUCUUUUCUAGGAGGGAAAAAAAAAUGAAGCCAAAAUACAGAGAUGAAGCCCCAGCUUGUGGGACCAGAGAGAAGCUGUAAGUCAGACAGCCUUGGACUCCUUUUGUCCUUUUGCACGCCAACAGCUCCAAAGAUUUGGGUUUGGCCGUGACCCUGGCUCCAUGUCCACCGUACACGGGGGCAUUGCCUGGGGGCCUCGGGUGGGUUGACUGGUACCAGAUUCCAUUAAAACGUUUUGAGCUCUCUGUAUGCAUCCCCGUUUCCUCGGUUGCUCUUUUCCCUGUUGUGAGGUGGAUUAGAUGUGAAAACAUGUCUGUUUUGCGCGUCUGUUUUGAAACUGCAUAUUGUUUUUACAGUCCAGUCUUUUAGGAAGGGAAUUACUUGCCAGACCAAGACUGUGUUUAGCUGAAGACCUUUCCCUUUGUUUUUCUUUAUUUCAGCUUCUGUAUCAGUCUGUAGAAAGUCAGUCCAGAAGGAAGACACACAAAGACUGUGCAAACCAUGUAAUGGUAUAUGCAUAUGCAAACCAUACCCGUUUUAAUGUGCCUUGUAUAUAUCACACUUGAGUUUUGAUGUCUAGUCGUUGACUAUAUAUCCAUAUAUAGGUGUAUUUCGUUGGUGUA